CUCUCCUAAGCAGACAAAGCCUAAACUUUCAAGUAAAAUCGUCGCAGGCAGCCCAACACCUAAAACACACAUGACCAAUGGCGAUUCGGACUCUAACCAGACCCACUUUCCACCGCUUCAUCACAUCAACCUCCAAUCCGAUCCCCAUUUCCUCAGGCCCCAGAAUCCGAUCUUUUUCGUCGAACUCUAGCUCACCAGUUACUAUUUCCCCAGAUUUCUCACAACAAUCUGAAUACAGGAAACUGAUUUCCCUCGCGAAUAUCUUCCAAAGGUACGGUUUCCCGCCAUCGCAACUCCAUGAUUUUCUCACGAAGAAUCGAUUUUUUCUGAGAUUCAAUCCGUCAGAGAUUCAAAACUCUCUUAAAAUUCUACUGUCCUUGAAAUUGUCCCAGGAAUUUCUUGUUUCAAUGGUGAUCAAUUGUCCACGGGUGCUAGAACUUGAAUUUAUCAAGAAAUGGGAAGUGGGUGUUUCAGAAAUGGGGGUUUCUAUUGUUACUUCACUGAUGAUCCGGAAUGUUCUUGAAGUUUCUAGAAAGUUUGAUUUAGGCCCAGAUGAUCUUUUUAGGUGUGUACAGCGUUUGAAAGGUGUAGGGUUUAGUGAUGGUACAGUGAUUAGGAUAUUAGAGGAGUUUCCAAUGGUAAUUAUGAUGGGUGAAAAUCAAGUUUGUGAUAAAAUUGAGUUUUUAGUGGGAUUUGGUAUGAAUAAGAGCCAAAUUGAUCGAACAUUCAACUCGUUUCCAGGUAUUCUGAGAUUUGGGGUGGAAAAUAAGCUGAAGGCCUUGUUUGGUGAAUUUAAGGAUUUGGGUUUUAGCAAUGAUGUGGUUAGGAAAGAGAUUAUUAGAGACCCAAGAGUUCUAGGAUUGGAAUUAGGGGAGUUUUCUCGAUGUCUGCAAAUGCUGAGGACUUUGAAAUGCCGGGUACCCAUUAAAGAGAGAAUUUUCAGCGAGGGAGCUUUUAGGGCUGGAUUUGAAGUUAAAUUGCGUAUUGAUUGCUUAUGCCGUCACGGGUUGAUAUAUAGAGAUGCAUUUAAGGUGUUGUGGAAAGAGCCGAGGGCAAUUUUAUAUAAGAUAGAAGAUAUUGAUCAGAAGAUUGAGUUUCUGGUAAAUAGGAUGAAAUUUAAUGUCCUUUGGCUGGUUGACAUUCCGGAGUAUCUAGGGGUAAAUUUUGAGAAACAGAUUGUUCCUCGAUAUAAUGUGAUUGAGUAUUUGAGUUCAAAAGGCGGGCUUGGUGAUGAGGUGGGAUUGAAGACUUUAAUUAAGUCUAGUAGGUUGAGGUUUUACAAUCUUUAUGUUAAGCCAUAUCCGGAGUGUGAAAAAAUGUUUGGGAGGUUUGCAGGAGAUGUUGAAGUUAGAAACCAGCAUCCAGUUGGACUGUGGAAGCUUUUCAAACCGAAAAAAUAUCCAGAGUCCAAAGAAGAUGUGAAGAACAUUAAGUAUUUCAUGGAACCAUUUGUUUAGUGGUGACUUUACAAUGAUAUCUUCAGUGUUUAUGGAGCAAUUGCUUGAGGAAUAUUCUCAUAGCAUGCAAGUUACAGUAUUUUUCGUCCCAAGUUUACAUGUUGUAUUGCUCUUACAAGCUUUACAUGUUUUGAUCAACGGGUAGCUCAUCCCUUUUGAGGCAACAUUGUUAGAACUUCAAUGCUUUGCCAUUAGAAAAUGUUACCUGCCCUAAAUUUUUGCAGGUGCUGCCAUAUCUUUUUGUGAUUUUUCAUGGGUAUACUAAAUAUGACGUAAUUGGAGGAUUCAUGUGUUGUUCUUCUGGUUGGUGAUGGAAGAUAUGGUUUGAGAUAGAGAGUAGCAGUAAGGACCUUGUUAUUGUGGUUGCAGCUGCAUGCAUUCUCCUGGAGGAUUUAAAUAUUUACUGUGAAUGGCGUGUUCUUCCCCAACUCUCAGAAAUGCAUCCGUUGGACUUGUGGUUAGAAACACCAGCAGCAAUUCAGGGGCCAGUAGUACUUAAAUUAGGAAGGCAUGGAUUAGUGGAGAAGAGUGGGGUAAUGGCAACAAUAGAAGUCUGCAAUAUUGAUCGAUGUUCCCCUCAACAUCCCCAAACUCGUCCUAGAGGAGGAUUGCAGCAGAGCUCAUCAAGACUGGCCAGUGUCAUUACCUUGGAACAUUGCUUCUAUCCUAGUUAUUGUUUUCUCCACGAUGGCGAGACACUGUCAGAUUCAAGUUGAAGAUGAUUCUGUGGCACUGCUAAUUUGGUGGCUUCCUCUUGUCGUGUGGUAACCUUUAUAACCAUUUUGCAUCAUACAUUCCUCACAGCUUGAGAAUAUAUUUUUUUUUCGGAGA